AUGAUGGAGACAAAAUCUAAAAGGGAUUCUAAUGGUUCCGCAGCUGCGUCUUAUUAUGAGGGCUACAAAUGUUUUGAUGAAAGGGGAGCUGACUUUUGUAAGUCAGCCAAAGUGGAUGCUUCAAAAAGGGUUUAUAAGUGUGAUAAAUUUAGCAUUCCCCUAUUUUUUUUGAAGGCUUUCUUUUUUGUGAGUUUCAUCAUGCUGUUGCAGUUCCAUUCGCCCAGUAUGAGUGCGCACGAAACCCAAGUACAUACCCAUGGCACCCCCGGAAGCACAGCAUCAAGGAGCUGGUACCCCCGCGAACAAGGAGGCAACAGAAUUCUAGCCGAAUGUUUAAAAAAUAUAAACACAACAUAUGACAAGGUGCAGCAAAACACAUUGGAUAAGAUAGAAAAUGUUUUCGAACGAUUGACACGAACCAUCGCAUCAAAAAUAAUGGCGUUUAUAAAAAAAAUAGACUUAAUGUUGGAAAAAGAAAUUGUAACCACGUUAAAAUAUAUCGAUAAUGAGAAGGAUGAGCCUAUUAAAUCUGGUUUAAAUUUUUUCAAAAAAUUGAAGAAAUUCUUUUCCUUUUGCAAGAUUUUUUCUACUCCUGUGUUGGGUGCCUUUGUGGCCUUAGCUGCUUACCAUCUUAAGGCCCAAGCCUUUACCGCUGUGGUUAGUUUGGGUGUAGCCUUUUUGCCGCUCGUGUCUACGUUGUACUUGAUGUAUAAAGUGCUUAAAGUACGUGGCGAUAUGUCAACAUGA